GUCACAACUUCCGCUUCAGGCUUGUUCUACGGAAGUGGCUUUUGCGCAUGCGCGAUCCUUAUUCCAGAGACUUCGCACCAAGGGUUCUUAAAACACAUAAGAAAUAUCGUGUCUACGGCUAUCUUACGUGUCAGCAGUGGUAAUUCGUGAUCUGCGGAGCUUCAUCACUCUUGACGUGCUGUCCAAGCCACAGUCAUGGUCUGCAUUCCCUGUAUUGUGAUUCCUGUCCUGUUGUGGGUCUACAAGAGGUUCCUGGAGCCUUACCUCUAUCCGUUCAUUUCACCCAUCAUCAAUACAUUCUGGACCAAAAAGGCAGUCCAGGAAACUGGUGACCAAAAAGCUAGUGAAAAGAGUAAUGGCACUUGCAAGGCUGACAGCAAUGGGGAAGUCACAGCCAAUGGAUCUACUAUAGCAGCAGAUAAGAAGACAGAUUGACGGCUCCAAAUGUUUAUAAUAAUGCAUCUAAAACCGUGUAAAUAUUCCAUUGAUAUAAUAUAGAGAAACUAUCGAAUAAUUUAUCAGUCCUCUUUAAAUGGGAUGGUUUUUAUACCCUUCCAUAUAAUGUGUAUCUUAUUUUUUUUUUCAUUAUUUACUCUAACUUUAGAAAAUUGUUAAUUGUUGACACAUUUUUCUUGUAAAUCAUUAAUUAUUACAUGCAUUUACUGUGUAGAAUAUUCUGUCACAAUGGGAAAGUUUUUUAAGUCAAAUGUGCAACUUAAUUAAUGAAUAAAAGAAAAGCAUAUUUAUCGCUCCA